AUGUCAGAAAAGUUGAAGGGCAAAGUUGAAUGUUCUGGUAACAAUAGUAGUGAAGCCAACGAAUGUGGCCUCCCUUUGGAGAAACUGAACCUUGGUCCAAGAAAGAAGCUUCUUGUUCUUAGCCUUGGAGGGUUGCUUUGUCAUAGGGUACACCGCUACGAAAGAGCCAAUAUACCAAGCUUUCGCUAUGUUGAUGCAUCAUAUGGAAGCUUUCGUGUUUACAAAAGGCCACACUGUGAAGAUUUUAUGAAAUUCUGUUUAGGAAGAUUUGAUGUUGGAAUAUGGUCUUCUGCAAAGGAAUGGUAUUUGGACAAUGCCUUGGAUUGUGUGAUGAAAGGACUGAGGAGUAAACUGGUAUUUGCUUGGGAUCAAGUUAAAUGCACUGAUUCUGGGUUCAAGACCUUGGAGAAGAGAGACAAGCCUCUCUUUCUGAAGGAGUUGAAGAAAGUGUGGGAAGGUAAGUGCUCCAAAACCAGAUCUUCAUCUACUGGGAAAUAUUCUUCAUCAAACACACUGUUGAUGGAUAACCAGCCUUACAAGGCCCUGCUAAACCUUCCUCACACAGCUAUCUAUCCUGCUGAAUACAAGGUUGACCAAGUUAAUGACAUGGCUUUAGGUCCCAAGGGUGAGUUGAGGCUUUAUUUGGAUGGACUGGCAGAUGCAGAUGAUGUUCCUUCUUAUGUUAAAAAGCAUCCAUUUGGCCAGCCUGCAAUAACUACUGCCCAUUCUGAUUGGGGUCACUAUUCAAAGAUUAUAAGUCGUUUUCAGAAGGAUUGA